AUGGAUAAGUUUACCACCUUUGAUGUUCUAACUCGCUCUGAGUCAGCGCCCGGGUUUCCUGAAAUUUUCUCAGACUCCACGUUCGAAAAAAUCUGCGAAGUUUGUGAACACAAAGUCACAUGUGGGCUUAAGGUGCUACGCCUGGACGAGGCCAAGCUCAUGAAGUGGUUGCAGUCAUCAGUGGAUCGCAUUUGCAUGGCCGCGAGUCGCCUGUCAGAUUCUCUUCAAUUGAAACAGUUGCAAAUCGCACUGGCUUCACAGAGGGCGGACUCGGCGGCUGUCGCUCCACUAUUUGCUGAAGACUCUACGGCUGCUCGGGCCCUCCUAUCCGGUGACCUACACGAGGGUGCGCUUCGUAGUUUCGCUUUCCAACUUAUUGCUGACAAGUUGCCGGGUGAAUUCAUCGAAAAGCUGCACACGUCUCUCGGCCUUUCCGCCUGUCUUCCUGCUAUCCAUGCUGACAAGGAAAACACUGACGUUGUCAUUGGCAGCAGUGAGAAGAAGGCAAGUUCUUCUGUGCUGGCUUGCCACGAAAACGGACCCACAGAGGACUACUCAAAGAAUUUCAAUGGCUCCAAAGCAGCAUCGGUAAGUCUUGUCCCCAAUUCUGUAAUUCUGUGCUGCUACCAGGUGAAAACCGCGUCUGAAACGAAGCGAAUGAAGAUGGCCAGGGGCACAAAGUCAAUCACGGCCUUUUUCGGAAAAACCUGA